AUGAACAAGGCUAUUGCUGUUGCCCACAAAGCUUGCAAGAGCCAAAAGUGGCGGAAAGAGAACGGCAACCUCACCAUGCAUCAAAGCUUGGUAGCCAUUACAAUUUUCCUGCCCAGUGAUUGGACAACUUUGGCUGCAGUUUCGUAUGUGCAAGAGCAGCUUCGCAAGGUGCCAGAGUGCCAGUCGAAGAGUUGUUUUUCGACAAGCUGGAAGAAACAAUUGAAAAGCUGGUCUUGUCGCGCGAACCAGCGGCGUUGCUCCAACGGGCGUUUCUUUGCCAAACGUGCAGUUUCUGCAUCGUUGGUGCCUCAGAGCUUUGAAAUUGCGAUUCGGCAAAACAGCGUGGAAUACCUCCGAGACGUUGGUUUGGAUACUGGGAUGUCUCCACGAGGCCUUGACAGGGAUCAUGAGGCCAGUCAUACUUGUUUGGGACUGUGCAGCGACACAUCUGUCAGAGCGCGCUGCUCGCCGCGCAAGAGUACAAGUUCAAAGUGGUGCCAGCGCCUCCAGGCCUGA